AUUGUUUCCGGUACGAUUCGGCCUUUUCGAAUGGACCUUCUGUCAGUGCCAAAAAUCCUUACAACAAAAGUCUAUAAAUUGAUCCAUCUGUACCGGCCCUGGUUCCAUUUUCCCAUACCACUCGUACGGGUAAACAGUAACGGUGCGAGAACUCCGUUCGAUACGGUGUGUAUGUACCACGUGCCAAACUACGGUGUAAUACUCUGCCCGGUGUGCAAAAGUGCGUGAGUGCUGUUUUAUACAAAAAUUGUUGCAAAAUGGUUUUACUCGCACCACCCACAACGAAUUAUGACCGAGAGGAAGAGUUUAAGGUUGAGCUGCGCAGCGUUAUUAUCACCCGCUCGAAGGAGGGUGCGACGAUCGAGGAAAUAAUAGACGAUUAUCGGGAGCUGACGGGGACAGACUUGAUGGACCUAUUUUACAACCGUACCGUACUGGCCAGGUAUCUGUCCAUGAUCGACAACGUUUGGUGCUCGACGGAUGGUUCGUGUGGCACGCUGCUAUGGUUCUGCAGCACGCCCAGGACGAAGCACAUGGUCCAUCUGAUACAGCAGCAGCGAUCACCACGUGCUGGCCGUAGCAACUACCGACGUUACAUGCCACGUGGACCAUUAGCAGCACCGGUUGUCAGGCAGGAUCAUCAGAGUAGCAGAUUAACGGGCGGUACGGGAAUGGGUUCCACCUUGGCCAUGCACGGAACGUAUCGUGAAGCGGCCCAGGUGCAGGAACCCGCAAGACCAAGCCAAUCCAGCCGUUUCCAGUCGAAGCGUCCGUCACGUGUGGAACGAUACAAUCCGUAUUCGCGCAGGAUCACCGGCCGUACUGGCGGUACAGGAUGGAGACAGUCCCGUUCGGAUGAGCUCGAUUAUUCGAUGUACGGACCAUCGUACCAUCGUCAUCAGCUGGUGGGAGAUGACUUUUUCCUAGCCAUAGCUAAAUGGGAACUCGGAUUUUCCUUUGACCAAGGCCAUACGAUCGAUAUGAGCGGGCUAUGCAUCUCAGGACUAACGCUCUCGGAGGCGGCCAAACGUGUCGAGGUAGCACCGUUCAUCGCCGACCACGUGCUGGUAAACGUUGGCACAGUCGACCUGCUGCACGGCCGUGCAAUGAUCGACCUGAUACACGACUUCGACCAGCUAGUGGCCCGGUUCCGCGAGCGCAACGUCGAACCGAUCAUGACAACGCUGGCGCCGAUCGCAAACAGUGGCGGCCGGACACCGAUGGCGGAACGGUUGCUCAAGAUGAACGAGUACAUCUGCCGUACCUGUCCGCGCACGAUCGAUCUGUGGAAGCACUUUGUCCACGCGAACGGUACGGUACGGUUCGAGUGCUAUCAGCCGGGACCGCGGAAGGUUUCGGGCAGCAUAAUGCCGCACGUGCUGUGGAACAAGCUGGGCCGCCAGCUUCUGUUGGGCGUGCUGGGCAAUGAAAUAGCCGCCCAGCUAACUACCGACGAACAGUGGAGAUAUUACUAGGCCCGGCACGCUCGUGGUCUAGUCGUACUAGUAGCGGCGCACGCACUUGCGCAGUACAAUAAGGGCUUUUCCUCUUAAGUAUUUGCCACGCACCCGCAUCUGGCAGUUAUUUAUUCCUCCUUUUUUUUAAUUUGUUAUCUAAUUGUGUUAUUGUGUGUGUGUGUCGCGUUGGUGACCAGUGUCUUAUCCUUGUAUGCUUGUCGCACACACCAUCCGAUUGUUCUUAUUUGUUGGCUUAGCUUAAACUCUUUUAAAGUUAAACAACCUUCCAACGGUGAUCCGGUCGCGCUGUUCCCUCCCGAUGGUAACGAAUGGCACCUGAUUCGGGCAAGAUAAGAGCAGCACACUGACCACCUUGGCAUCCCGGGAACAAGCGUAUCGGACAGUGUGGCUUUUGUUUGCCCCCCCCUCAGCCCGGUACGGAGCCACGUUUAGUGUGAAACGGCAAGAGUUGGUCCUUCCGGAAGACGAAUUGAUGCUUGACAUGGUUCACACCUGAACUGGGCCCAGGGCGUGCUUCGUACCGGCGACUGCUGUGUGCAACACAAACGAGUUCCAACAUUCAGCUCUCCAGCCGGCCGGUCCAUUCAGCGUAGGGGGAGUGUCUAUUCGAACUCCAAAUAGCAGUCGGAGAGACUGGCGUAUUUUCCAGGACCGGUCACGCAAGCCUCCCGAGCGUUCGUUACCAUAGCAACGGAACAGCGAAGAAGCUUCACGGAGUGUGCGGCAAUUUCUGGCAGAAGCAUGAUCCAUGUGUCCUAGGCAACCAUCGAAACAACCUGUCUGUCUGUUCGAUAUGUGUGUUUUAUAGUGUCUUUCGUGUUUGUGCACUUAUGUGUCAAUAAAAAUUGUACUACCCAGUGCAAGUGAAUCGAAA